AUGUAUUGUCAAAAGUGUCGUACAUCAUUGAAACUUGAUAGCUCUUUGGAAGACCUGAAUCCCGCGGCAUUUGAUUUAUUAGUUGGUGCGACCUCACAAAACCAUCCUAAAAAUAUCCCCCCUUCACGGCCAGCAUAUCCUCAAGAACGAAAACAACUUUAUGAUCGUGUCUCGAAGCAUGCCGCUCCGCCAACCUUUAAGCGGACAAUAUCCGCACCUCGUCGACAUGAUUCUAAUUUAGCAGACACAAUGAGAAGCGGCUUGAACAAUCCAGCCAUGUCUUUUGUCAUGCUGACGGAAUCUCAAGUCGUGCCUCCGUCAGUUGCCAAACCGCCCGAAGACACAGACUCUAAUCAACCACAAGAAGAUGGUCAACCUGGCGGAGAAGCACUGGAUGGCGAGGGUAAAGCAAUGUCGCAAGAUAUGGAACGGGCAUCGAGGCUUUUCGAGAUUCUUACGGCGCGAUCCGAUGUAGAUCAUCCUAUCUGUGUUGAGUGUACAGAGAUGCUUGUCGAUGGGCUGCAAAAACGAUUAGAAGCUGCAACUCGAGAAAGGGAUGCAUAUGUCGGAUUUUUGAAACAGAUCAAUGCCGAAUUACCAACAGAGGAGGAGUUGAAAGAAGCAAAUGAUUUUUUGUCAAAGGUACGAGCAGAUGAGGCCGCGGCAAUAGAUGAGCUGAAGAAGAUCGAAGCGGAAACUGCCAGGGUAAAUGAAGAAAAUGCUCAGCUGGAAGAAGAGGCCAGAGCUCUUGAUAUUGAAGAAGAGAAGUUCUGGAGUGAUCGAAAUGAGUUUGCGAUGAAGCUCUCGGAGUUCCAAAACAUAAGGGAUAGCAUCAAUCUUCAAUAUGAUCAUGAUUCACAGCUAUUGGAGAAAUUGCAAAGAACGAAUGUAUAUAACGAUACAUUUUGCAUAAGCCAUGACGGAAAGUUUGGUACAAUCAAUGGCCUACGACUUGGACGACUCUCAAGUGUGCCAGUGGACUGGCCGGAAAUUAAUGCAGCAUGGGGCCACGCAUUGCUUCUUCUAGCUACUGUCGCUGACCGUCUCAAUUUUAAAUUCGAAGGAUACGAGCUUCAGCCCAUGGGCUCAACCUCUCGAAUAAUACGUUAUGAUUAUCCAUCGCCGUCUGCAAGUCGUUCUAGCUCCCAACGUGGUAAUAACACCCGGCCACCCAAGAAAUCUAUUCUCGAACUUCAUUCAUCUGGUGAUAUGCCCCUCGGGCUUACUUUCAUGCAUCGUAAGUUCGAUAUAGCUAUGGAGGCAUUCCUCGAAUGUAUGCGCCAACUAGGUGCGUUUGUUGAACAGGAAUCCGCCCGGACCUCGGAAACUGGACGGGGGCUUAAACUGCCAUAUAAAAUUGAAGGAGAGAAGAUAGGGGAUGUCAGUAUAAAACUAGGCAUAGCUCAAGAUGAUGCAUGGAGCAGAGCGUGCAAGUUCACUCUCACAUGCUGCAAGUUUUUGUUGGCUCACGCAAGUAAUGUUAAUAAUGCGAGAAGGAGUUCAUAA